UCAGGGCCGGUCAGAGCGGAGUUGGUUGUCCCGGAAUUCAGUUGAAAGUUUUACUGCAUCGAUUGAAAACAAUGAUUCGUGUUUGUGCUUAUCCGAAUUGCAAGAACAGGAUGUCGCGCAACACCCCGCACAGCUUUCAUAGGCUGCCUUUGUCGGACGGCGAGAUGUUGAAGCUGUGGCUAAUUGUGCUACAACUGGAUGCUAACUGUCGUCACACACAGCCCAGAGGAAGUGAAGGAUACAUUGAGACAGCAGUUGAUGGAGAGACUUCUCACCAGACUGCAAUCUGCCUUAAACCAGCAACCACUAAAUCUGGAUUAUUUGGAGUUCCUAACUCGCCAUGAUCUUAUACUGUUUGGAUCAUUCUCUGAGCAGAUAGGAGGUGUAUCAGAGAUUACAGAGGCACUCCAAAACCUCCAUCACGUUGUCCAGAGGGAAAUUGAUGCCAGCUCUAUGCCUAUUGUGGAACAGGAAACAGAAGUUGGUCCAGGUCCUGGUCACCCCAAAAUUGUAAUAGAGAAAGAAAAACUGAAGAGUUUGCUGGACACACAUCUGCCAGUCUUCUGCAUUGCAAAAUUCCUUGGCGUCUCAAGAAGAACCGUUUACAGGAGAAUGCAAGAAUUUGGCUUGUCAGUAAGAGGAUCAUACAGUUCUGUGACUGACCAAGAACUUGACAACAUAAUUUCAGGUGUUAAAAUUCAGAUGCCAAAUGCUGGAUACCGAAUGGUUCAAGGCCAUCUGGUUUCACUGGGCCUUCGCGUUCAGUGGUGGAGAAUGAUGGCCUCCAUGCACCGAGUUGAUGCUGCAGGGAUCUUCUCACGGAUCCUAGAACUGGGGUGUGUUGUGCGAAGAAGUUAUUCUGUCCGUGGCCCUCUCUCCUUGGUCCACAUUGAUACAAAUCAUAAACUGAUAAGGUACAAUAUUGUGAUCUUUGGUGGAGUGGACGGAUACUCAAGGAAGAUAAUGUACUUGGGUGCAGCAACAAAUAACAAGGCUUCAACUGCAUUCUCAUUCUUCCUGAGAUCAACCCAGCUUCAUGGCCUACCAUCUAGGGUAAGGGGGGAUCAAGGUGCUGAAAACGUGGACAUCGCACACUUCAUGUUUGCCACACGGGGAACUGGAAGACAAAGCUUUAUCUCAGGAAAGAGCGUUCAUAACCAGAGGAUUGAGAGACUUUGGCGGGACGUCUGGGUUGCGGUCACUAGCAAGUACCAUGAUGUCCUUCACUCUCUGGAGGAAGAUGGCCUACUAGACAUCUCUGAUGUGGUCCACCUCUUUGGUGUGCACUACAUCUUUGUCCCCCGACUACAAGCAGACCUUGACACCUUCACUGAAGGAUGGAAUAAUCAUCCUCUGCGGACAGAGGGAGGUCUCACUCCUGAACAGCUGUGGUGUAUGGGACAUCUACAAGAUCUAGACGAAGGGGAGAAACUUGAGGAUCUUCAAGACCCAGGGAUUGACUGGGAGAGUGCCAUGCUACAAGAAGACUCUAACAGUACAGUUAUGGUUCCUGAAAUUGCGUGCCCACUGCAUGAUGAAGUUGUAGACGAACUUCAGAGAGCUGUUGAUCCUCUGGAACAUUCUCAGUCACAUGGUCGUGACUUGUACACACGAUUCUUGCACUGCGUGUCAAGCCAACAAUGACACUGAAAUAUUGAAAUAUGAACUGAGCUGGUUACAACAUUGCAAAGCUCUUUUCCCUAAAACAUCCCCUCAAAUUUAUGAAUGGACAAGCAAGCAAAAAAAAAGGGAAGGGGAGGGGCAUUUAGGAGUUUUGUCAGCCAGAACAUAUGACUGAAAUAACAAAAUGUUCAACCAGUAGUAACGUUGCAGAAUUCACAGAAUGAGACUGACAUCUAGAAGAACAUAGAUUUUAGAGAUAAUGGAAACAAAACUACCAGUCUCUGUUCACUGAGGAACACAAAACAUUGUAGAGCCCUCUUGCUUUAAUUUGAUUCUGACUCUAUUAGACUCUGUGGAAUCCACCACCAUAUCUAACUGCUUCACUCAUGAUUCUUUUAAAGUCAUCAUAAGUGCCAAGAUGCUGUACUGGAAAAGUCACAGUCUGUGUACAUGCACUCACAGUUGGGUAACACACUGAGUGAUCUCCUUGCUGCUCUCUGCAUUCAUGGUUAAAGAUGCAUGUUAUUUUGAAGCAUCUCUUUUCAUCAGGGAGGAUGGGGAUGUGGGAUUGCCCCGUCAUCCACUGGAGCACGUGUUGCACUGCAAGAGGCCCUGUGUCACCAGCUGCACUGUCUGUCUCCCCACCUGUGAUGGAUAUAUUAAUGUUUCAAAUAACACAGAUUAAGAAGAGCAAUUUAAAGUCAUUGUCUUUAAAAUACUUUUUCAAAACAUUUAUAUGUGCUUGGUACAACAAAAUCUGUAAAACAUUGAAAUGAUAUUAUGUAUGUGCUUGGUAUAUGUAUAGUAUAUAGUACCUGACAUUUCGAUCUCCUGCAAGAAAUCUUGUAAGAAGUUGAUUAUCUUCCUCUCAGUUCUCUCCUUAGAUGUCCCCUUUUCACUGAAUUGUGACUGGCAGUUCAUCAUUAUGAAGUCAGCAUCAGGCUAUAAAGAGAGUAAAUGCAGAUUCAGUUAAAUAUUCUUGUAUGUUCAAACUCAGGCUAUGACUGAAACACACACACACACAAAAACAGAGCAAAGUGAAUGUCUGUAGUUUCUGUGUAGAAAGUGGCAGUUAAAAUAGUUACCUUGAUGAUCUUCCCCGGAACAAACGGGGUGACAAGCUUCAGGGUUUGUAGCCAUCUGGUUCACCAGGCCAUACAGUUCCAUGCCCUUUCUGAGUUGCUGCAGCAUUGGAAUCAGUCUUGUUGUAGAAUGUAAGACAAUUGCUCUUUGAAGAAAAGCACACAAAAAUUCAAAACUGUUGCAAAGUUAACAUUUUUGCAUGAAAAAUAUUUAAAAUGUUAUUCUUUGAAAACUUA